UUUUCUAUUAAUUCCUUCCUUCAUUCUCCCCCAGUCAGUCUAGUCUAGUGUUGUUCUCUCUCCCCCCUCUACAACCCCUUUCUAGCAUGCGUUUUUUCUCGCCCUCCUAACCUCCCGAGGCCCUGCAAACCGCAAUGCUAAAUCUUGCUUAAAUUUACACUAGUUGUGGUUUGAGCCCCUCAAUUUUUAUGCUCUAGCUGCCUCAAGAGUUCAUUCGGAACCAUUGAUUUCUUGAAUUUCUAGUUCUUGAUAUCUAUCCGGCGCAAAAGUUUAUUUUGGGGAAUCCCUGGAUAAUCUGGAAGGGUUUUCCAGAUACCAUGAUGUUUAUAUCAUCUUGCUUUUAUUUCAAAGCGUGGAUUGGGAUAUGAUUGUGAAUUUGUUUCUAUAUCUGCGCUGUGGAAUUUUCUGGGAGACGGUAGACUAACCCCGAACGACGCUGUACGAGAAUUUUGAUUUUUUUUAAUGGUUUCUGGUGAAGCGUAAUUAUUUUGUUUCAUUUUCUAUGGAAUCCAUGCCCGAUGUAUUGGAUAUAAGCUCCGAUGAAGAACUUGGUUUGGAUGAGGGAUUCAAAAGCGGUGACUAUGAUUGGAUUAAGGAGUUUCUGGGCGUCUCUGACAAAGAAUCGGACGAUUCGGACGAUGUUAUCGUAGUCCAUGAGCAAAAACCGGAACCGAAGUCAAAGUCCUUGAGGCCGUUACUGAAAGAGUUGGAUGAUGACUGCGUCGUUCUGGAUGGUGAUCCUGAGAACGGAAUCACAUCGGUGAACAAGUCGGAUGCUGAGUCGGACGAGUUGAUCGUUGUGGGCGAGAAGGGUCAGAUUGCAUGUAGGGACUAUCCUCAUCCCCGGCAUCACUGUGCAACAUUUCCUUUCUCUUCCACCCCCCAUGAGAGGCACUGUGAAAAGUGCCACUGUUAUGUCUGUGACUUGCCAGCCCCUUGUCCAAAGUGGGGUGUUGGCUUUUCCAGUACUGAUCAUUGUCAUGCUACCGAAAAGGUUGAGAUGUGGAAAAUUCAGAGGAAAAAUUUCAAGCUGAAGAAGAGUGCUCCGUUACCAGUUUCAACUAGUUAUGGUAAUUCACUCCCUGUGGAACAUUCCCAACAAAACCAAGUUCUGCCACUUGGCAUUAGUCAAUUGUCCACAAAUUCCAUUUCACAGAUUCAGGCGUCCAGAUCGACUGCGUUGCAUACUCGCUCCUUAACCAGUCCUAUCCCACAAAAUCAUGACCAUUUGCCCCCUAUAAUGCGUGCUUGCUCCUCCUCACUGAAUUCCACCAUCCAGAAUCAGGUCUCCAGGGCAAAUACCAUCCCCAUGUGCUCCUCAACAACUAACUUUACAGUUCCCAAUGGCACCAACCAUGGUAGAUGUCAAGAGCAAGCAUCUACUUUCAUCAGGAACAGAUACCCACCUGGCUUUGCUUCUAGGCCUGGGUUGGGUGUACGUAACAAUCCAUUCCAAAGGGAUCGACGGCGAGGUUCAAAUAGUUUAUGCCAUCAGUAUGCUCGUCGUGCUAUAAUUUCUAACGGGCCAGGGAAUGCUGGGGGAACCCUGACUGCGAACCAUUCUACUCAUGAUUCAUCUGGCUGUAAUAAUUAUGUCAACCCAGCAGUGCGGUGUAACAAAUAUUAUGAUUCUCCAGGCUUAUCAAAUGACAGAACUCGCAAUAGGUGGAAUAACGGUUGGCUCCCAGCAAACUUGUCAUCAUUCCCCCAUACGAGCUCUUCAUGGCCUGGCUUAAACUUUAAUGGUGAAAAUACUGUUGUUUCUGAGAUCAAAGCAUACACUCCGCCAUCCUGUUUGGAAAAUAGCCAGAGUUUUUAUCAAUCUUGCAUUCAAGUUAACGAUGCUCCUUCAAAAGAUGUCGCUUGCCUGAGUAGCGAUCUGCAUGGGAAUGGGCAUCAAAUUGGAGGCCAAAUGGAAAAUGCCGGUGGUGAUAUCACCCAAUGGGAAAGUUUGAAUCAAGAUUCCUGUCAACAAGAACCUGCUGGAGAUGUUGCUUAUUCAUUUGCUGAUUUGGUGUUGAAUGAGAAUUCCAGCCAAAGCAUUGAACCUCAGAUGGAAAAUUCUCAGCCACCAACUACAGGGUCUAUUAACCAACCACCCAAUAUGAACAACUCUGGUCCCCUGUUUGCUGGAAGCACUAACAGUUCACUUGCUGUUUUUGAGGACUGGCUCAUGGAAAAAGAUGGUGCUUUGCCUUCUGAACUGAAUAUUUCAUCGCCUGAUCCUAAUCCGGUUGAUAUGGGAGCGUUAUUCUGUGAUUUUGAUUUAGAUGCGUCCUGGAAUGGUCUGACUCAUGCAUAACUGAGAAACCCAUUUCAAAACUCCGUGGUCUGAGAUGAUGUCCUAAUUGUACAGUCCUCAAAUUUCAACCACGUUAGGCUUUGAUCCCCGUUGUUAGAUUCGAUGUAAACACGCUAGCAUGACCUUUUUUUAGUUUUACUUCAGCUUGGUGGAUGGAUUAACCAGUGUGAUGCUCAAGUCCACGAAAAUGUAACCGUAGGAGUCUUGUUUAAAUUAAUCUUCUACAUUGCACAUCAA